GCCGCCCGACGCAGAGAGAAGAAAGCACCAGUUUGUCCCACCGGCGUUUGAUGCGGCGUCAGAAGGUCGUUGGGCGGCUCGGCGACGUUUGAACGUUCUCCAAACCAGAAACUCGCCUAAAUAAUUCAAGUUCAGUUCGUUUCGGGGGCUCGAAACGUCACGUGAUGUGAGUCUUGCCGAAAAGACAAGAGGGGCGCGGCGGAACGUCGCCUUCGUUUGCCAACGGGCUAACGUUGUGCUAGCUAACGUUAGCUAGGUUGACGGAGACACAGUUCGAGCGAAGCGUGUCGACUACCUUGUCGUUCCCCCUCCCGCGAGGCGUUCAACUACCGCUCCGUGUGCUCGUAUACACCCCCUGACUGGAGCAAGGUUUUUUUUUGGACUAGUACCCUUGACCCUCCGCCGCCGCCUGCUCUCGGAGCCGACCCCGGGGCUCAGCUUCUCGCUCCCGCGGGAUCUCGCACCCCUCGAACGGGGGUCGGCCGGUGCGAUGGCAGCCUCGUCCGGUGCCCGGCGGUUGCCCAUGGGCGUGCGGACGUUCAGCGACUUCCUGCAGAUCGCCACUGGCUCACCUCGCUCGUGUCGCGCCGCCGCGGCGGCGGGGGGAUGCCUGCGACAGGACAUCAGACACUUGUCAUCGUGUGGCAUUUUGAUGACGAGAACUCCCCGAGUGCUUUGCCUCCAAGACUGGGACACGAUGGCGACCGCACCCCAGAGCCGACACUUCAUCAGCUUCACCAACAAAAGGAAGGAGUACUCCGAGCGCAGGAUACUCGGGUAUUCCAUGCAGGAAAUGUACGAUGUGGUGGCCAACGUGGACGACUACAAGCUCUUCGUGCCCUGGUGUAAGAAGUCCCAGACCAUCAUGAAACGAGCGGGCCACUCUAAAGCACAGCUGGAAGUGGGAUUCCCUCCGAUGGUGGAGAGAUACACGUCCAUGAUCACUAACGUCCGGCCGCAUCUUGUCAAAGCAGUGUGUACAGACGGAAAGCUGUUCAAUCACCUGGAGACAAUAUGGCGCUUCAGUCCCGGCAUUCCCGGUUACCCUCGCACCUGCACCGUAGACUUUUCUAUUUCCUUUGAGUUCCGCUCCCUGCUGCACUCCCAGCUAGCCACCAUGUUCUUCGACGAGGUCGUCAAGCAGAACGUCACGGCGUUCGAGCGGCGCGCCUGCAAGCUGUUCGGCCCAGAGACUCGUAUCCCGCGCGAGUUGAUGUUCCACGAGGUGCAUCAGACGUGAUCUCGGCCACUGUCGCGUUUGUUCCUUCAUCAGGGCCUUAAAGCUACACACCGACCUUUUAUUCCCUUCAGCCAAACAUAACCUACACAAUGCUGCAUAAUCACCUCCCCCCUCGCUCUGAAGACACCAUCAGCGGCGCCUGAAGAUGUUAGACAUCCCACUGUUGUAAGCAUUCUGUUGGAAUAUUAAUAAUUCUUGCUGGUCUCCCUCCUCCUUGUGUAAAGUCUGUCUACCUCCACCGAAGGGAUCUUUGUCUGGCAGGAGGAUCCCAGUUCUACAUACUGUGUUUAUGUAAACGAAGCAGUAAAUCAAUGCAACAUCCCGUUAGCGAUGGAAGCGGCGACUCAUAUUUUUAUACGAGCAGCAUAGCAACGCUGAACAAAACACCCUUUUUAUUUAUUUAUAUUUUUUUUCCUAGAAGACACAGAAGCUUUUUUUGAUCCAGACGUCCGCUCAGAUCUUAUCGUUCAGCGUCACAGUCACUCGUCACGUCGACACUUUCCAAUUUUUUAAGGUUUAACUUCAGCACUUUAAUCAGCUGUUUUUAGGAAAUAUGUUUUCUGCCUUCACCACUUGUUUUGAAUUCAAACGGGAGUUUUAAUGACGCAUAUUGGAGAACCUGGUGCAAAAAACUAUUUUUUCUUUUAUGUAUUCAUCAGUGGUUAUAUGCAAACUUGUUUUAUUGGGAUUGAGAUGAAAUGUGCCAUGUCUGGGACACGUCGUCACUUUGCUGCGACAAACUUGUGGACGUGCAACACGAGUUGUGGCCGUGGCUUCGUUUAACCUCGACUUUUGGGAAUUUUAGUUUUAUCUUGGCUGCUGUGCUGUGACGUGGUUUUUUUUGACAUUUGAAACUGGGUCAGCCAAUUUUAAUAACGUCUUAUUCUACAGCCCGGCACUAGUUGUUGUAACUGUUGGGUAACAAACAGAGAGAGCCUAUAUGAUUCUAUGGAGACGCAGGAGAGAACUGUGAAACACUGUGAAGUGGAUUAGAACAACAAAAAUGUUGCGGUUGAUGUAAAAUAAAAAGUUAAGCACAAGUUUAUAUUUGAUAAUAUAUGUAGUUUGGGUUGAAAAGGUGAAAGUGAAAGGGGCAGGAAGUGAUUUUAAAGCAACACACGUUUUGUAAAAAUCAGCGAAUGUUUCCUCAUGGUCCGCUAGCUGUCGGGUAAAAAAAACCAUAAUGGUGGGGACGCACCACACGGCACUGUGCCGUUUGUGAACAUCGACACCUUUAAGAGUCGUGCUAGGGACAUGAUACGACUCAGCGUGCAGUCAAAAAAAAUCAAUAGAAAACAAUCUUUGUCCAAAGGUGGUAAUUACAAAUAAUGGCAUAUAUAUAUUGAUGGUUAUCUGAUUAGAUCAGAGUUAUAAUAAUCAAACAUCAAAUUUUCAGCAAACCUUUGGAUUCAAUCAAAGAAAUAAGUCCCUGAAAUAGGUCGGAUUUAAAUAAAAAUCAAGAUCCAUGAAAUCAGACGUCAGAACAAGUAAACUCAGUAUGAAACACUUCGGCGGGCUGUAGAAUAAAACCUUAUCGUUCAUCAUCGUCUGUGGGUUUCAUGGUUAUUCUUGAAAGGCUUUUAUUUAUUUUCAUCAUGCAUCGUGUAACGAACAAAGACGACACAGUUCCCGUUGUUUAGGUCACGACUGCAUUUCGUCGGGAGUAAUAUUUCAUAUCGGUUUAUUCCACGACAAAGGGCCUCGUGAAUACACAGAUUGUUCCAGAAGGUCAACGGAGCAAGUCAUUCGUCGUGUGACCUUCCUGGUUAAAGUCUAAUCAUUUCAUUUCACGUCUCACGUUUCCAACAGAAACUCUUACUGUGGUUUUCAAAUGUGGAUAUUGACCUUGUUUGAAUUUUCUCUGUCAACAAGGUGAUUUGGAAAAUGAAGAGAUAUUUAAUCACUGCAUGAAGAAUGUUCAAUCCGAGUGGGCCUGUGAAUCUCUGUUACAUUAUAAACAAACAAAAAAAAGUACUUAUUAAAAUAUUUUUAAAUGCUGUUUUAAGUGUUAUAUUUCAAAGCAGGUUAAGUCUAUAUUUUAUAUCAUAUUUUUCCUGCUGUCCAGUGAUUCAGGCUUGAUGUGUCGUCAUGCGUCUCCUCCCUGAGUCUGUGUUUAUUACAGUAUGCAGCUUACACACCGAAGUUCAUGCCAAGCUCUGUUGUCAUCGUUGCAAAAAUAUUUUAGAAGACAACGGCAAGAACAGAAGAAUUUAGGAAGAAAGUGUUCUAUAGCUUUCAUUACCCACUUUUUUCCACAUGAUCUGUCAAAAUUUGCAGGCGUACAAAAAUCACCCCUGGUUCAACAGCGGCGGCCUCGUACUGUACGUACAGUCAACAAAGAUGUAGAUCAUCACUUGCCAUAGAUUUUUGCAGCCCCUGUUGCUUUUUAUCUCGCGAGCUCAAACGUAUCUGUAAAUACUGUGGGUGUAUGUUAAAGCAUUUAUUUAAAUAAAAAAGCAGGUAUAAGUUAA